AUGACUAGAAAGAAGGUAACUCUUGCCUACAUUACAAAUGAUUCAGAGAGAAAAGCUUCAUACAAGAAGCGAAAGAAGGGUCUUAUUAAGAAGGUGAGCGAGCUGAGCACCCUCUGUGGUGUGCCAGCCUGCGUCAUCAUCUACAGCCAGUACGACCCCGUGCCGGUUGUAUGGCCGUCGCCUCUUGAAGCGCAGUCCAUCCUGGCCCGCUUCCGCAAGCUCUCCAUCAUGGACCAGACCCGGAAGAUGGUCAACCAGGAGAGCUUCACCCGCCAGCGGAUCAAGAAGGCGACGGAGCAGCUCCGCCGUCUCCAGAAGGAAAACAGCUGCCGAGAGCUUGAGGCCUUCAUGUUCCGAUGCACCCUCGGCCAAGCCUCCCUCAACGACCUCCAGAUCCAUGACGUCUCGGAGAUGAGCUUUGUGAUCGGCCAGACGCUCCAAGAUAUCAAAGCAAGGAUGGAUGCCAUGGCAGCUGAGCACCAGCAGGCUCCAGUGUGGAUGGAGGAUGAUGGGAUGGAGAGCUUCCCAUGGAACCUGGUCCAGAGCCCGAGAGGAGGAGGCGAGAUGGAGGGGACCGGGCUCGGGUGGGAUCCCGGGAUGGUGCUGCCGUAUCCAUACUAUUUCGACCAGUCCAGCUCUUCUCAAUCUGGCCAGAAUCCAAAUCGGAAUCUGGAUCCGAAUCCUAACCUUAACCCUAACCCUAAUCCAACUCCUUAUAAUAAGUGA